UUGUAUGCAAUUUUACAAACUAUUGUCAAUUGUGUUCAUUCAUGCGGUGUUUUGAGAUCAUUUCUGGAAAAUUAAUUCUGCAGUUUAAUAAUAUUUAUAUAUUUUUAUUAUUUAUCAAAGGAAGGUGUUUUAUAUGGACAGGAUGUUGCAGAAAAUAAUUGAUUUUCCAAGUGACAUUUGAUUUCGAAAUUUACAUGCAUGGUAAUGAGAUUCAUAAUACAUGAAAGUGCAAAAGUAAAUUAUUAGCAGUGUUGGGAGAAUAAUGCAUAACCAUUUUUGAACGUAAUUUUGGUUCCGCAUUCAUUAAAUAAUGGAUAAAGAUCGUGAGAAAUUAACUGGAACUGCAGACACUGAAGGGCGUUUUAAAGACUCGAGACAGCGGGAUGAACCGUGUCGAGCCGACCACUCUUCUUCGAGGUGUGACGCGUCUUCGAAAUCGCCAGACCAUGACAGUUCCGACGAAUUCGAAAAUCACCCAUCCCCGGGAGAUAACGCGGAAAGACCCUUGCACGACCCUCCGAGGGAUAAUGCACCUUCGCCCGCGCCUCCCAGGGUCGAACCGACGUCGUUCAGGGUAGCAGACAUUUUGGAUCCUACUAAAUUCACAAAUGUCGCCAAGUCUCGAGUGUGGCACCCGUGGUCGGACGAGAUCUCGUCAGAUGCUUCGCUGGAUGAAGACGGACAUGCGUAUUCUUACCGCACAGACUGUCCACCCGGCGGUGAACGACGACGUCGUGAGAGCGACGACUCCGACUGCAACCUCGGGCAGGACGAUCUCCUGGACGAGGACGGCGACGACUUGAAAGAUGGCGACGGAAAGAAGGACAGGACGGACGGCGGGAAAGCCGGGAAACCGCGCCGCGCCAGGACAGCUUUCACGUAUGAACAGUUGGUAGCCCUGGAGAACAAAUUCAAGACCACGCGCUACCUUUCUGUGUGCGAAAGACUCAACCUCGCUCUGUCCCUAAACCUCACAGAAACUCAGGUGAAAAUAUGGUUUCAGAAUCGAAGGACAAAGUGGAAAAAACAGAAUCCCGGAUUGGACGUCAACAGUCCGACGGUGCCGCCCAGUUCUGGGAGCCUGUCCACUUUCUCGUCGCCCUAUGCUGCAGGCAUGUUCUAUGGACAAGGGUUGCAUCCGUACCUUCCAAACCCCAAUAUUCUCAGGCAGUACGGCUUUCUCAAAGCCAACCCGUCCUUCUCAGGACUGGCCCAUUCUAUAUAUUAUCCAUAUUUCAGCCAGACUAGCUGAGAGCGAAAACCACAUCUUGUAUGAACAAGCAGAUUGGAUGAUGACCAAUGGAAAUAUUGCAGUGGCCAUCAUUGUUAAGACUUCAUCAUGUGAACAUGGCUUUCUGGAAACCUAUUGUUGGUUGCUGGUUUGUCCAUCAUAUCUAUUAUACUAUUCGUAUUUCAGUUUCACGGGCUGAUUGAGAAAGACGUUUACGUAUAUAAGACAAUGGACACUAUAACCAGUGUUGACAAUUAUUGGCGUCAUUUGCCAAAGAUUCUCUGAUGGCUAAUCCGUCGUUCUGUUGACUAAGGUCAUUCUAUAUACUGACCAAAAUUUUCUAUUACGAACAAAUAACCAGGAUUUAGAUCAGUGGAACCUGCAAUGACAAAUAAUUUUCCUAUAGUUAGUUAUGGUUAGUAGAACCUGCAAUGACAAAUAAUUUUCCUAUAGUCAACUAUUUUCAUGUUGUGUGUCUGUGACAAAACGGAUUCUAAAAUACAGACAACGGUUGCAUAGCGUUAAUAUAUAUAUAUAUAUAUAUAUAUAUAUAUAUAUAUAUAUAUAUAUAUAUA